GGGCUGUACUACGAAGGGAGUUAUCAAGGACAGUCAGGGGUUGACAAAGUCUGAUAGACUAAAUUGGUGUUAAACGCUCACACAGAUUUGGUCCCCACCGUCCAGACAGCUCAGUUUCUUAUGCAAAUAUGUGGCUGAAUUUAAUCAUCUUUGGAUGUAUUUUAUCUCAGGUCUCAGCUCCAGCACUGACGAAUGGAAGGAGAUGUGUGUAUCUACGUAACUCCAAACAUAUGAACAAAGGCCAGAUCAAUGGGACAGUCGAGUACUGUGCCAGAACUCAAUGUUGUGCUGGUUUCUAUCGUCUUAUUGACAAUCAGCCAGUGGCAGAAAUACUAGGUUGUGACGUGGUUGAACGUGACUGUCCAAAUUCUACUUGCUCUGCAUCCAGAAACUUCCACAACUACACUACAUGUGCAUGCAGUUCUGACUUCUGUAAUGGCAACGUGACCUGGAACCCAGAAAGGGAGAACUCUAAACCCCAACGCCCCUCCUCUUCUCUGGACAUGGUGAAAGCCGAUGUAGUCACCAUUGCUAUCGGCGCCAUACUGGUCCUGUGCAGCCUAGUUGUGGUGAUCAUUUGCAGGCAUCUCUUCAGAGUUAACGAAUUUAAACGGUGUCCAGAAGAAUCUUUGCCAGAAGAAUGUCAGACUUCACUGUGCUCAUGCAACCAAUCAUAUUGCUCUGAAAUUGACUUCAACAACAUUGAGCUACAGCAAAUUGUGGGUCAGGGUCACUAUUCUUUGGUGUGGCAUGGCAAGUACAGGGAGACAGUGGUGGCUGUGAAGGUAUUUCCUGAAGGGAGCAUAAGGGAGUUCACAUCAGAAAGGGAAGUGUAUGGGCUCCCACAUCUUGCACACUCUGGGAUCACUCAUUUCCUUGGAGCAGGCAGGAAGUUGGACAGCAGAGAAUGGGUAAUUAUCCUGGAGCUUGCACCAUGGGGGUCUCUCAGCUCCUUUCUAACCAAGAACACCAGCGACUGGACUUCAACACUGAAGCUGGCCGAGUCUCUGUCUGGGGCACUGGCCUUCCUCCACUCUGACUUCAUUAGGCACGGGUUGCACAAGCCCGCGGUGGCCCACAGAGACCUGAGCAGCAGUAAUGUGUUGAUGAAGGUAGACGGCACUUGUGCCUUGUGUGAUUUUGGCUGCUCCACCAUCCUGCGCUCAUGCUCCAGUCCUCAGAGCUGGCAGCGCCACGCAGACAACCUGAAGGGCAACAUCCAGAGGGGCACUUUGUGCUACAUGGCCCCUGAGUUUCUGGAUGGCUGCGUGAACCUAAGCAGUGGUGGGUGUCUCAUUCAGGGGGAUGUCUAUGCACUAGGACUGCUGCUCUGGGAGCUUUGUAUGCGCUGCUCAGACCUCUUUAAAGGCUGCCCAGUGCCAGAACACAAAUUGCCUUAUGAAGAGGAGCUGGGAACCAAUCCUUGUCUACAGCAACUCAUCAGCCAUGUAUUUGAAAAAAGAGAACGUCCUUCCAUACCCAAACACUUGCAACAGGGCUCUGUGCUGCAUGAUAUUCUGUUGGACUGCUGGGACCACGACUCAGAAGCCAGACUGACUGCCCAGUGUGCCAAGGACCGACUUGCCACUCUACGACUGUGUCACUCCGUAUGACCUAGCUCAAUUAAGAUCCAUUUUGGUUUAGAGAGUUGAAAUUCACUCCCUUUUUGUUCAUGCUUAAAUAACAAACAGACUAGAAACAGUAGAACAGUUACGGAAGUAAUACUUCCAGAAAGGAAAUAUCCUGGGAAUUAAACCCUGGUCUCAGGGAGCUACAAAUGUUCAUGGAGCUGUGUGUGUUACUGCUCCACAUUCUAAAUGCAUGUACUUGCUUACUCAUUUUCAUCAUUGUCAUUGUAGGAAUACUUAGGUUGUCAUUGAGGUGCAUGUAAGGCUCAUCAAUCAAAUGUUCUAAGAUACUUUUUCUUUUUUUUUUCUUUUUUUGUAGCCUGAUCUGCUACAAUAAUUUAUAAUCCAUCCUGCUAGCUAAAAACAGUAUGAAAACGUAAUGACUGUUGUUCAAUGUACUAAUGCCUGUUUAGUGUAUAGACAUUUAGUGUAUAGAACCUUGGCUGAUUUGAAAUGGGUUUGUAUUUCAACAGUUGUUAGAAUUAACCUUAUCCCAGCCUCUGUACCUGUAAUUUUCCCAAAUAAUGCUGCUGAGCGUUUAACCACCUAUGGAAAUUAAGCCACACACUGGUCCUUUACCUGUUUUUAGCAGCGUGUUUGCCACUGUAAACAAUGUCUUAAUUUGGUUAACGAUUCUGGUGACAUAAUUUCCAUUUGACCAGCUGUGCCAAAGAAAGUAUUAACUCCCAGUUUUACAUUACUUCUCAUGUGUAUUAACUCCCAGUUUCACAUAACUUCUAAUGUGUAUUAACUCCCAGUUUCACAUAACUUCUAAUGUGUAUUAACUCCCAGUUUCACAUGACUUCUAAUGUGUAUUAACUCCCAGUUUCACAUGACUUCUAAUGUGUAUUUUGGUCCCUCUGUGCUGACGAUGGAGAUAAUUUGGUGUUUUUUACUCAGUGUUUUAUCAUAGAAUGAAACUAAAUUGUUUGUAAAACCCCAAUCUUCUGAGUUAGAAACAAGUGUGACAGCAUGUGAUUUAUAAUAAAGGGUUCAGUUACUAAA